GCGUGACUCCUCCGGUGCAGCAGGGGUCGCUGGUGUUUGUCUCGCUCGCGGUAAACACGAGCAGGAGUUCCGGUGAAUUCCGUAUUACAUUUCUGCUUGUUCUGUUUCUCCGAUGAGUUUCGCUGAAAAUCUAAUCAAAUGGACAAGUAGCAUGGAUCUGGACUUCGGGAACAAACUGCCCCAGGCUUUCUCGUCUAACCCUAAACUGCCCCAGGCUCUUUCGUCAAACUCUAAACUGCCCCAGUCUCUCUCUUCUAGCGCUAAAUUUCUGCCCACAGGCCCCUUUCAGCACUACGGACGACCGAUAGGAGUGAAAGUCAAAGAGGAAGACGAAAGCGUCGAGGAUUUCUUUCAUUUUGCUCAGCAUCUACAGCAGCAGACCGGCGAGUGUCUCACAGCCUGUUGUGGAGAAGUGGAUCCUAAAAACACAUCUGUGCCGAGCCCCCCCAAAUCAAACAGCCGACCCUCCGCAGACAGACCGUACCACUGCCAGGAGUGCGGUAAAUACUUCAGAAUUAACGAUAUCAAGAGACAUCAGAAAAUACACAGCGGAGAAAGACCGUUCCCUUGCUUUCAGUGCGGUAAGAAUUUCCCGACGUCGGGGGACCUGAAACGGCACGAGAGAAUUCACACGGGAGAGCGGCCGUACCACUGUCUGCAGUGCGGCAAAAAUUUCUCGGAUUCGGGGCAUCUCAAACAGCACGAGAGGAUGCACACGGGAGAGAGGCCUUACCAGUGUCCUCAGUGCGCCAAACGCUUCUACAGGUCAGGAGACCUCAAACGGCACCUGAGAAUCCACAGCGGCGAGCGGCCGUACAAAUGCCUUCAGUGCGGGAAAACCUUCUCGGAUUCCGGACAUUUGAGGGGCCACCAGCGCAUUCACACGGGAGAAAGGCCCCACCGCUGCACCCUGUGCGAGAAAAGCUUCUUUAGGUCCGGCGAUCUCAAGAGACAUUACAGAACGCACACGGGCGAGAGACCCUACCAGUGCUUUCAGUGCGGGAAGAGCUUCUCCGAGUCCGGACACCUGAAAGAACAUCGGAGAAUUCACACGGGAGAAAAGCCUUAUCAGUGCAACCAGUGCGACAAAAGUUUCUCCAGGCUGGAGCGUCUGAAGGGUCAUCAGAGCAUCCACACGGGCGAGAGGCCGUUCCACUGCUCCCAGUGCGGGAAGAAUUUCUUCCGGUCUGGAGAACUGAAGCGACAUCAGCGGAUUCAUAGCAAUGACAGAGCGUAAAUUCUCUUCUGAUAAGAUGUGGUCUCGCCCUUCUGAUUUCAUGCGAUUCCUUGACUUUUGUCGAGAAGAUCUUCAUUGAAAAGUGUGUGUGUGUGUGUGAGAAGGACUUAUAACUUCCUGCAUGUAUGUCGAUGGAAAAUGUUUAGAUAUCUGCUUAUCUUGUUGUGUAGAGGACCGUUACUCUACUGUAAGAGUAAUACUGUAGAGGACAGCUUUUCACUGACAUUUCGUUUUUGUUUUUUUAAACACUUGUUAUCGCUUCGUAGAUAUCCAGAUUUGUCAUCAUAAAGCAUUGUUAUAAAUAUUUGCACCAUUGACAUUUAUAGUUUUAGACCGUUCUGAACUACUACCUCUACACGCUCCUGCGUUAGCAGGAAAACUUCCUCCAAAGCUUUUGUCCUCCUGUUUCCAGCCUAACCAGAGAUCACUCCUCUACUCACCGGGCUCAGUGUGGAGGUUAUCAUGUGGAUUGUACUGUACAAUAUCUGUAUGUGGUAACAAUGAUAAAUUGUCAAAUGACUCAAUAUCAUAACAUACAGAAGAAUAUUUCUGUGUUUGCUUACAUUCCCUGUAUUUAAUGAAUACCUUUUGGUUUUGUUUCAUAACGCUGAAUGAUAUUUGUGUUGUCGUAGCACAGAAGCUGUUGACGUGACAUGACAUCACUGAAGUUUGAUGUGACCACAUGAGUAUGUUAUAUGUAUCAAUCAUUAACUAGUUGCUGUUUAAUUUGCUAGAUCCUGUUUCACAAAUGUAACAUGGUUAUUCUUUAACCUUUUUUAUGUCUGAAAUAUUGUUAUGAAAAAACUUACACCAGAUAUACUCUAACAAAUGUUUUGAUCAGGUUUUUGUUUGUUUUUGAGCACCAGGUGAAUUGUGAUAAUCUGAGCUUUUUCGUAAUUUUUUUUAAAAUUAGAUUUAGCUUUUAACACUUUCUUAUGUCUUUACAUUCAAGGCAUCCUUUCUUUUCCUCCAUAAAUAUAUAUAAAUAAAUAAAUAU